AUAAUUAAGAAUCCUCUUAUUAAUCUUUGCUUAUAUACAUACAUACAUACAGCUAAUCAUUCUUCCUUACCACUUAAGAAUCACUAACACACACACACACGGGGUCCCGUCCCUAGUUACUGUUCAAAUAUUUUUAAGGUACAGCAUAGUAAUUAGCAACAACCCCAUCAACCACUGCCAUAAAAUCUUGUGACUGCAUGUAAGAAAGAUUUAUGAGAGAGAAAUUAAACAAGGGGGAAUCUUGAUUACAACACAGAACAAACAGAGAAGAAAAAUCCCAUUUUUUUCCUUCCUUGUAUUGAUGCUUUCCGGGUUAGAAUUUUGAACCUUGAAAUUGAGGAGUAGGGAUACAAAGAGGGGGAGAGAGAGAGCAAGAGAGGUUUUUGAGCUAUGGGUUGUUGUGUUUCAAAAUUUCAACCAACCGAGACCCACCCAGAAAAGGAAAAGACCAAAACCCAUGGCCCAGGUCAACUUUUAAGCACCCGUCCACCGCCGCCUGCUGUCGGCGGAGCAGAACCUGGGUUAGCUAGCUCUGGGGUUCCAUCUUUUUCUGAGUUUUCGUUUGCAGACCUUAAAACAGCUACUAAUAACUUCAGCCCAGAUUUUAUAGUCUCAGAAAGCGGUGAAAAAGCCCCAAAUAUUGUUUACAAAGGACGCCUCCAAAAUCGCCGGUGGAUCGCCGUCAAGAAGUUCCCUAAGUUGGCCUGGCCGGACCCCAAACAGUUUGCGGAGGAGGCAUGGGGAGUAGGAAAAUUGAGGAACCGAAGACUGGCAAAUUUAAUAGGUUAUUGCUGUGAUGGUGAUGAGAGGUUGUUGGUUGCAGAAUACAUGCCUAAUGAUACUCUUGCUAAGCAUUUGUUCCACUGGGAAAGACAGACAAUUGAAUGGGCGAUGCGCUUGAGAGCAGCCCUUUAUAUAGCUGAAGCCCUAGAAUAUUGUAGCAGUGAAGAGCGUCCAUUGUAUCAUGACCUCAAUGCCUACAGGGUUCUCUUCGAUGAGGAGGGGGAUCCUCGGCUUUCCUGUUUUGGCCUUGUGAAAAAUAGUCGGGAUGGAAAGAGUUAUAGCACAAAUCUUGCCUACACUCCUCCCGAGUAUUUGAAAAAUGGAAGGGUAACUCAAGAAAGUGUUGUAUACAGCUUUGGCACUGUCCUCUUGGAUCUGCUCAGUGGAAAACACAUACCUCCAAGUCACGCUCUUGAUAUGAUACGUGGUAAGAACAUCAUACUUCUGAUGGAUUCUCAUUUGGAAGGCAAGUUUUCUACUGAAGAAGCUACUCUAGUCGUUGGUCUUGCUUCUCAAUGUUUGCAAUACGAACCCAGGGAGAGGCCUCAUUUAAAGGAUCUCGUCACUACUCUUUCUCCGUUACAGCCAAAAUUAGAUGUGCCCUCUUAUGUGAUGCUUGGAAUAUCGAAGCACGAAGAAGCUCCACCUACACCACAGCGCCCACUUUCACCCAUGGGCGAGGCAUGUUCUCGUAUGGAUCUCACUGCAAUACACCAGAUUUUGGUCACCACUCACUACAGAGACGAUGAAGGAACAAAUGAGUUGUCAUUCCAAGAAUGGACACAGCAAAUGAGAGAUAUGCUGGAUGCUAGGAAGCGUGGUGAUUACGCGUUUCGUGACAAAGACUUCAAGGCUGCUAUAGAUUGCUAUUCUCAGUUUAUAGAUGUGGGGACCAUGGUUUCGCCGACUGUAUAUGCACGGAGAAGUCUGUGCUAUCUGAUGAAUGAUCAACCUGAUGUGGCACUAAGAGAUGCCAUGCAAGCACAGAUAGUGUAUCCUGAUUGGCCGACAGCUUUCUACAUGCAAUCAGUUGCCCUUGCCAAGCUGGACAUGCACCAAGAUGCUGCUGACAUGUUGAAGGAGGCUGCUGCUCUUGAAGACAAGAGGCAAAAGGGCGGCAGAGGAUCAUAAUUCAUAACAAUCUUCUUUUCUAUCCUUCUUCGAUCAUCGAUAGUUCGCUUUAUCAGAGUCUUUCUCAAGUUUGUAAAUUUUCGAGUGUGAAGUUAGUGCUUAUUAUUUCUCAAUCAAAUUGUAUUAUACACCUCAUGUUCUUGCAUUAAUAAAUGAUACAUUUUUUUUUU